AUGGGAACAAAGCUAAAGGCCUCCAAAAUGGCUCCUCCUCUAGUUGCCACUCUCAUAGUAGCAAUUCUUGCACUUUGCUUCCCCUCAAUAGCCAAUGCAACCUACCAAUAUUCCUCUCCUCCACCUCCGCCUUAUGUUUACAAGUCCCCACCACCCCCGGAGAAGUCUCCACCACCGCCGCCAAUUCACAAAUCUCCACCACCGCCAGUCUACAAGUCCCCACCACCACCACCACCACCUGAAAAAUCUCCACCACCACCUCCGGUCUACAAAUCUCCCCCGCCGCCAGUCUACAAAUCACCACCACCACCACCACCCAAGACAUCUCCACCACCACCACCACCAGUCUACAAAUCUCCGCCACCGCCAGUCUACAAGUCACCACCACCCCCGCCUAAGAAAUCUCCACCACCACCACCAGUCUACAAAUCUCCCCCGCCGCCAGUCUACAAAUCCCCACCACCACCACCUAAGAAAUCUCCACCACCACCACCGGUCUACAAAUCUCCCCCACCGCCAGUCUACAAGUCACCACCACCACCACCUAAGAAAUCUCCACCGCCUCCAGUCUACAAAUCUCCCCCACCGCCCGUCUACAAGUCACCACCACCACCACCACCACCUAAGAAAUCCCCACCACCGCCAGAAAUUAAGGAGAAUGCCUGA